AUGCCACGAAGUGAUGGACGGGAUGUGCCUGUCUUUACGGUGGAGCUCGGCCUCCGAAACUCCGAGCUCAAGCUCCAGACCGAGGUGUCAACGCCGCGAAAGACACCCAGAAGGCAUAGCCGCACGAGGGCCUCCUCUUUCGCACCCUUGGUGCCGAGUCCGGCCAAGCCGCCGACACCGGAGCCCCGUCCACCGUCGCCGCUGCGACGGCCUCCUACUGGGCGACGGCGGAGCAAAGCCCCCCAGGCUCCACAGACUCCCGGUGCAAGGGAGGAAGAGGCUCCGCAGCGCUCGAGCCGGGACCAUCGCCACAUGCGCAUUGCUGCAGCGACGGUCGACAGCAAAGCAGCCCAGCAGACGGAGACUGCCAGAACGCGGUCGCCGACCCGCUCACCUAUCCGCUCGCCCGUGCUCUCUCGACGAAGCUCUCCUCGUGCAGUGACUGUUUUAGGCCUGCACGGGAGACCGCCCUCGAUGCUGGAGCGCUCCGAAGCAUGGCAGAAGCAACGCGAGGAGAAGCUACAAGCUAUGAGGGAGAAGUGCCAAGCCGAAAUAGGCUCCUUCACCCCAAACCUGUACCGGCCUGUACGCUCUCCUCGGUGGCUGGCUGGGCCAGAGGGUGGCGGAGGUUUGUUCGAGCGUGGGAUGCGGUCGAUCGCCAGGCGUGCUUUGGAGAAGAGGCGGCACGAGGAGGCUCAGCUCGAGUCCGAACUCUUGCAGUGUCCUUUCACGCCAAAGCUGAGCACCUGGUCUCCGGAUUCGAGGCCAAGCUCCGCCACAGCAUCCCCAUCGCCAAAGAGGAAGCCCCUGCGAGCCGUGGUGGCUUCAUUGGCUUGGGAUGAGCGGCCAAACCCUGAAGGUCAGGUCACUCCGGAGCGGGCGAAAGAGUUCUACCAGAAGCAGCAGGCGUGGUUCGAGGCAAAGCAAGAGGAGCAAGACGAGCUUCGCAAGGAGCACGUCUUCCGCACCUUGAAGGAAGAGGCAGAAGCCCGGAAGAGCGAACGUCCCCCGAGAGGCGAGACAGGCUCUCUCAAGGUUGGUGGCGUUUUAUCGAGGACUGUCUACGACCGCCAGGUCGCCUGGCUACGGCAGCGUGACGCCGAGCUCCUGGAGCAGCGCAGGUCGCAGUUCGAGGCGGUAACUAGCCGAGACUCUUUCGGCUCGGGCAAUGACACGCCGAGGAGGCGGCCCAUGUCGGCGCCGGUUACGCCACAGCGCAAGUUGGAGGCUCCGACGGCCAGUGGCGCGGGCGCAGCGCUCCUGGCCAAGCUCAAGGCCGCCAGGUAUCUUGACGAUGAGCCUCCAGCGCCACGACGGCACACGGAGCCGCGCGGGCUCUGGAGCCGUCCACCACGCCGGAGGUCUGGCAUGGCAGCGGCCUUACUGGUUGCAUGCACGACCUGCAGCCGACCAUGCCCCGUUGACAUUCUCCACUGCAAGCACUGUGGCCAGAAGCGCCUGAAGGUGGCCGCCGCUCGGGGCGAUCCUUGUGGCUUAGACUACACGGCCAACUUCGGCUGGCCCCCGAAUUCAGAGGCCAAAUUGCCAGAGCUCAUGUCAAUACGGCUAGAUAAGUACAUUGCCAAUGCUCCAGCUGCGCGUGAACCCAGCCUAUCUCCAGAGGAAAUGGGUGGUGGGGUCAGCGGUGGCACCCGCACCCAGCUGGCGGGAACUUUCCUCGCGGAGCAGACCCACUUCCAGCCCCCUAAGUACACCCUGGUCAGCGUGAGCUCAGCUCUCGGGCCAGAUGGCUGUCCCAGGCACGUUCCCAGCUCGUCCAGUGCCGCAGAGCGAAACGGGCGCAUUCGCCCUUCCGGGGGCCCGGCACCAGUUAUGACGGUUAUCCCUGCGCUGGCUGACAUCGAGCCCUUGCUGAAGGUGAAGAGUGCGGCGCGUGUCGAACAAGGAUCGCCAGGAUCGAAGGAGAAAGAGGCCCAUGAGGAUUCUCCUCCACGGCCUCGGAGAGGAGGAGCCAGGGGAGCGGCAGAGCGCGAUGCCGCGGCUGCCUCCGAGACCCUAUUCGUUGUUGCAUUUUGGCUUGAUCCGAGACGUGAGCCGCUAGCACAACCCAGAAUUCACAGCCGCCCCAGUGCCAUCCCCGAAGUUAAAUCUGUUGCCAUGCCCUUGGACCUGGGUGCGGUCGCACAUGCAGUGGAGAGCUGGUUCCACAGCGGAGAAGAGCCGCUCGCCUCAGAGGAGCUCUUCUCACUGCCACUGGGCAUGGGCUUACGCCAUACUGCAGCAGAGGCUCGCAGAGGAAGCUUGACGUCCUUCUUGGAAGGGCCGCAUCACCAGACAGCCUUCCUAGCUCAAUGGAAUGCGGAGCAACUCCUCCAGCGCCGCGCGCAGCUGCGUGUCGCGUUCGGGAUCGAGGGGGGCGUGGCAGCCUCGGGCAGUGGCCUGUUCAUGGCCAAGCUCAUACGCAUCGCGCGGCGAAUCCAAGCAGAAGAGGAAGCCAGGAAUAAAGCGGAAGAAGAGCAGGGAGAUGAUGACGAGGAGGAUAGCGAGCAAGCUUCUAGCGACCACGGAUCUGCUGGCUGCUUGGAGGAGCAGGCAACUGUUGGAGUUGU